AUGGAAAGAAGAAGGGAAAGAGAAGGGACGGGAAGGGAGAAGAUGGCCAAAGAAGGGGGAAAAACGGGAAAGGGAGAAAGACGGAGACAGGGAGGAGGAACGACGGGAGAGGGAGAAGAAGAGGGGGAUGGCGGCUGUCGGAAAAGGGAGAGAGAAGAGGGAGGCAGAGAGAGGGUGAGGAGAAGAGGGAUAGGAGGAGAGAGGGAGCGAAGAGAGGGAGAAAGAAGAAGAGGAGAAGAAAUGAAGGAGGAAAGAGCGGCGGGAGAGGGGCAGCUGCUCUCGCCGGAGCGAAUGGAGAAGAGAGAGUGGGUGGCUGGCGACUGCGAGGAGAGGGGAGGGAGAAGAGAGGGUAUGGGAAGAGAAAGGAAAAAAUCUUCUUAG